GGGGAGCCCGGCCCGCCGCCCCCCUCCCCGAGCCCCGCUUUUAAGCCCCCGGUUGCCGGCGGGGCGUUCGGCUCCACCGGCGGCGAUGAGUCCCGGCGCGCCCUGAGCGCGGAGCAGGUCAAGGAUGGUCCAUGGGAUGGGGGAUGCCGGCUGCUGGGUCCUGCUCGGGCUCUCCCUGCUCCCCAUCGCCGUGCUGGGCUCCCAGGACGAUGGGAAGGUGAUCCACAUCAGCAGGGUGCAGCACCAGGCGCUGCGCGUGGGGCUGGGGGAGCCCGUGGCCCUGCCCUGCCUCUUCCUGCUCCACCCCUCCGCCUCCCUGGGGCCCAACGAGCCCCCCGACCCGCCCCGCGUCAAAUGGAGCAAGGUGCGCUCGGCCACCGGCCAGAGGGAGGACUCGCCCAUCCUGGUGGCCAAGGACAACGCAGUGAAGGUGGUGAGAGCCUACGAGGGGCGCGUGUCCCUGCCCGGCUACCCCCGUGACCGCUCCAACGCCACGCUGGAGCUGCGCGGGGCCCGCGCCAGCGACUCGGGGCUCUACCGGUGCGAGGUGGUGGCCGGCAUCGAGGACGAGCAGGACCUGCUGCCGCUGGAGGUGACGGGCGUCGUGUUCCACUACCGCCCCGCGGGCCAGCGCUACGCCCUCACCUUCCCCGCCGCCCGCCGCGCCUGCCGGGACAACUCGGCCGUCAUCGCCUCCCCCCGGCACCUCCAGGCCGCCUUCGAGGACGGCUACGACAACUGCGACGCGGGCUGGCUGGGCGACCAGAGCGUGCGGUAUCCCAUCACGCUGUCCCGGCCCGGUUGCUAUGGAGACCGCAACAGCCUGCCCGGAGUCCGGAGCUACGGGCGGAGGGAGCCCGAGGAACAGUACGACGUGUACUGCUACGCCCGGGAGCUGAGAGGGACGGUGUUCUACGCCACAGUGCCGGGGAGGUUCACCUGGCAGGGGGCCCGGCGGCACUGCCGGAGCCGGGGGGCCUCGCUGGCCACCACGGGGCAGCUGUACCUGGCGUGGCGGGAGGGGCUGGACCAGUGUGACCCGGGCUGGUUGGCCGACGGCAGCGUCCGCUACCCCAUCAGGGUGCCCCGCAGGAAGUGUGGGGGAGAGGCCCCGGGGGUCAGGACCCUCUACCAGUUCCCCAACCGCACCGGGUUCCCCCCCGCCGCCUCCAGGUUCGACGCCUACUGCUACCAAGCCGUGGGGCAGAGGGAUGUGGAGGAGCCGGUGCCGCCGGUGCCCGACCCGCCGGGCAGUGACAACGUGCUGGUGGAGCACAGCGAGGAGCUGGGCACCUCAGGGGACACCAGGGACACCCCCCGCGACCACUACGAGCUCCUGCCACAGCCAGACCCUGCGGGGCCGGGCCAGGAGGAGGAGGAGGAGGAGGAGGAGGGGGAGGAGGAGGAUGAGCAGCUGAGGCCAGCGAGCAGCAGCCCCGUGGCCACGGCACAGCGCGGGGACCUCCCGGGGGCCGCCCCGGCACCGACAGCUCCCGGGCUGGGGAUGGACGGUGGGACACCCCUGCCACCCCCCACGGCCCCCUCGCUGGCGUGGCCCCAUGAGGAGGAGGCUCUGAACGUGGUGGAUCAGGCCCUGGAGAGCUCCUGGCGGGAUCCAGCCGGUGCCAGCCCAGCGCUGCCGGUGCAAGAAGACCCUGAGGAGCCCCCGGUCACCCUCCUGCCACCUUCCCAAAGCCCAGCCCGGGAGCACAGCACCGGAUCAUCACUGGCACCACCCGGGCUGGGGACAGUCCCCAGCACGGCAGCAGAGACCCCCGGCCUGCCCCCCACCAGCUCCCACCCCCUGAGGAAGAGCCACGCCGGGUUGAACGGGCGCUACUUCCAGCUCCAGAGGCAGAGCCGGGACCCCACGGUGGCUGGAGACCCCACAGUGGCUGGAGACCCCACGGUGGCAGCUGGGGACCCCACGGUGGCAGCUGGGGACCCAGUGGGGACAGCCACCCAGGCCCCCGUCCUGGCCCUGGAGGUGAAGGAAGCUGCGGCCAACACGGUGGAGCUGUGGAACAUCCCCCGAGCCGGCACCGAGAGCCUGCGGCGGGAGGGCCCUGACGUGUCCCCCAACGCGCUGGAGGAGGAGAUCGGCCCCGAGCUGAUGGCACCGGCCACCGCCCCGGCGUCACCCUCGCCGCCGGCCCCGAGGGAUUCCCCGCAGGAAUUGUGGAGCCCCCGCAGUCCUGGGGGGCCCGCGGGGACACCCCCCGUGCCGUCCCCAGCCCUGCCUGUCUCUGUGACUCCCCACGAUGCUCUGGGCCACCGGGACAUCCCCACGGAUGGGGCCCAGCCUCGUGUCCCCAGCGCCCGCGGGGACUCCCCCCGGCCGCCCGCGGAGGCCACCGAGGACUUCUCCGGGGACACCGUGCCCCAGGAGGACGGUGGCUCUGUCCCACCCUGGCCCCCGCUGCCCCCGGCCCCGCUGGUGGGCGAGGGCCCCGAGCCGGCCCCGCAGCCCCGCGGUGACGGUGACGGCAGCGGGGCCCCGGGUGACGCCUCGCUGGAGAGGCAGAGGAAGGCGGUGACCUUCCUGCUCCCAGAUGGCCCCUCCACGGGUCACCCGGCCACCCCCGGCCCCACCGAGGGGGCUGCUCCCCAUGCCCGGGGGGGGCUGAGCCCCACGGCCCCCCACGGGCCGGCUGAGCCCGGCCGGGAGCAGCCAGAGGAAUCCAGAGAUGAUGGGAAAGGCUCAGCCGAGCCCAGCGGUGAAGCGGCCUCGUCCCCGCCGGGCUGGGACGUCCCCUCGCCGUCACCUCCCCCCGCGGCCACCGCGGGGACCCCGUGGGCCAGCACCGAGGGGUCGGUGGAGGCGGCGGUGCUGGAGCCGGCGGCCGAGGAGGGGUCCACGGGCUUCGCCCCCCACCCCACCGGCCACUCCGGGCCGGAGCUGGGGGCAGGGGAGCAGCUCCUCCUGCCCCGCCCGGGCCCUCGGCAGCCCCCCCUGGGCUCCCCAGCCCCCCCCAGCCACGAGGAUGCUCCAACAUCCCCCAGCCAGGAGGGUUCCUCCGGGGAGGCGAGGAGGGAAGAGCCCCCCGCGCCCCUCGGCUCGGCCACCCGCGGCCCCUGGUCACCACCCACUGCCCCCCACCCGGGGGUGGAGGGGACCCCCGAGUCCCCCGGCGUGGGGCUGCUCUCCGAGCCCUCGGUGGCAGCGGAGCCGGGGGGCCCGGGGGGGUCCCCGCUGCUGGACGCCGACAGCGGGAGCGGCGAGGGGCCGGGAAUGGAGGAGCGGGAGCUGCUGGCCUGGGGGGGCACCGGCAACGCCACCCGGCACGCCCCGUCGGACCCCUGCGAGAACAACCCCUGCCUGCACGGCGGGACCUGCCGCGCCAACGGCACCGUCUGCGGCUGCAGCUGCGCCCCCGGGUUCACCGGGGAGAACUGCGAGAUCGACAUCGACGACUGCCUGUCCAGCCCCUGCCAGAACGGCGGCACCUGCAUCGACGAGGUGAACUCCUUCGUGUGCCUCUGCCUGCCCAGCUACGGCGGCAGCCGCUGCGAGAAAGACACGGAGGGCUGUGACCACAACUGGCACAAGUUCCAGGGUCACUGCUACCGGUACUUCUCCCGCCGGCGCUCCUGGGAGGACGCGGAGCGGGAUUGCCGGCGCCGCGCCGGGCACCUCACCAGCAUCCACUCCCCGGAGGAGCACGGCUUCAUCAACGGUUUCGGGCACGAGAACACCUGGAUCGGGCUCAAUGACAGGAUCGUGGAGCAGGACUUCCAGUGGACCGACAACACGGGCUUGCAAUACGAGAACUGGCGGGAGAACCAACCCGACAACUUCUUCGCGGGGGGCGAGGACUGCGUGGUGCUGGUGUCCCACGAGAUCGGCAAGUGGAACGACGUGCCCUGCAACUACAACCUGCCCUACAUCUGCAAGAAAGGCACAGUGCUGUGUGGGCCCCCCCCGGAGGUGGCCAACGCCUUCCCGGUGGGGAAGAGGAAGGAGAAGUACAACAUCCACUCCAGCGUGCGCUACCAGUGCCAGGAGGGCUUCACCCAGCGCCACGUGCCCACCAUCAAGUGCCACAGCACCGGCAAGUGGGACCGGCCCAAAAUCCUCUGCACAAAACCCAGGCGGUCGCACCGAGCGCGGCGGCACCGCCGGCACCGGCACAGCCACCCCCACCACCAGCACCACCACCACAAACCCCGCAAGGAGCGGCGAAAACACCGCAAGCACCUCCGGCUGGACUGGAUGGAGGAGGGGCACUACUUCUAGAGCCGGGGGGCCGCCGAGCACAAGGGUCCCCCGCGGGGUGUGGUGACGUUUCCCGCCCCCCUCCCACCCCCUUUCCCUGCCCCCCCCCCCUCUCUUUUAUAACUCCCUUUUGGCUUUAGCUCCUUAGGAUGCCCGGCCCCGUAGGGAAUAGGAUCCGGAGGGGGCGGCUGCGUGUGCGUCCCCAGCCCUCCCUGCAUGCCCCACGCUCAGCCCCCCCCGGCCCGGGGUCGAGCCCCCAGCCCCGCACAGGGACCCCCCCCACCCCCCGGCUGGGCUCUGGCCCCGUCCCCAAAGUGGGGGUUACCCAGGUGGGACACCCCCCCCCGUGACCCACCCCGGCCGUCCAGUUGGGUGGCUCUGGUUUUUUUAGCAGCCCCCCCCCUUUUCCUUCCCCGGCACCCCGGUCCUGCCUGUGGGGCGGGGACACGGUGCCACCAAGUGCCACCAGGUGCCACCAGGUGCCAGCAGGUGCCAGCAGGGCCGUGGUCCCGCCCCACACCCGCUUUGGGGCCGGUGUUGGUUCCUCCCGCCCCGUUCCCGCUGUCCCGGGUCCCGUUGGAGUUGCGUGUGUGUGUGUGUACGGCGCUUCCUGAUCUCUGCUGUUUGCGACGUGACUGCCGUGUCCUGACCCCCUCCCCAGCCCCGGCCCCCUCCCCUUCCCCCCAGUUUCUGACUCUGCCUUUCUGUACUGCUGGACAUUUUAAUAAAUUUUUUUAACAGUU